AUGUCCUUCCUGAAGGCAUCUGACCUUCCCGCGAUCCCUACAUACCGAGUGAUUGACUCCGAUGGCGAAAUGGUGGACAGAACAAGAACAGCGCCCGAUGUGACAGAUGAGGAGGUCUUGACCUGGUACAAGAAUAUGCUGUCUGUCAGUGUUAUGGACGUGGUCAUGUUUGAGGCACAAAGACAGGGUCGUCUGAGCUUCUACAUGGUUUCUGCUGGUGAAGAAGGCAUUACGGUCGGGUCUGCCGCCGCGUUAACCCCGGACGAUGUGGUGUUUGCCCAAUAUCGCGAAGCUGGCGUGUUUCAGCAGCGGGGGUUUACUUUGAAGAACUUUAUGAGCCAACUGUUUGCCAAUGACAACGAUGCAGGCAAGGGUCGCAAUAUGCCAGUGCACUAUGGACAGAACUAUCCUCGAAUGCAUACUAUCUCCUCCCCACUAGCAACCCAGAUCCCACAGGCAGCUGGUGCAGCCUAUGCACUGAAGAUGCAAGACUUGCAGAACCCCACCCGUGACCCGCGCAUCGUGGCCUGCUACUUUGGCGAGGGAGCCGCAAGUGAAGGCGAUUUCCACGCCGCACUCAACAUUGCAGCGACCCGAUCAUGUCCCGUUGUAUUCAUCUGCCGCAACAACGGAUAUGCCAUCUCGACCCCGACUCUGGAGCAGUACCGCGGUGACGGAAUCGCCAGUCGUGGCGUAGGUUAUGGCAUUGACACCAUCCGAGUCGAUGGCAACGAUGUCUUCGCUGUGAACGAGGCUAUGAAGGAAGCGCGUCGUCUUGCCCUUACGGACGGGGGACGACCUGUCUUGAUAGAAGCCAUGAGUUAUCGUGUUUCCCACCACAGCACCAGUGACGACAGCUUUGCCUACCGUGCGCGCGUCGAGGUUGAGGAUUGGAAGCGCAGAGAUAAUCCCAUCAUUCGACUUCGCAAGUGGCUGGAGAACCAGGGAUUGUGGAAUGAGGAUAAGGAGAAGGAGACGCGGGAUCAGAUGAGGAAGGCUGUGUUGAAGGAGUUCGGUGAAGCGGAACGUGAGAAGAAGCCACCUCUUCGAGAGGCAUUCAAGGAUGUCUAUGAAGAAAUCACCGAGGAGCAGCGCGAGCAGAUGAAUGAGCUCAAGCGCAUCUUGGAAACAUACCCCGAUGAAUACGACUUGCGGCCAUACAAGGACGGGGCUAAGGGUCUGGACUGA